AUGCUCCCAAAUGAGAUCAUACGCUAUGUAGUAGAAGAUGGGGAUGUCGGGGAAGCGGCUGAGCUUCAGUGGAAGGCAAAGGUGGAAGAUAUGUACAUAAAACAGCAACAGCAGCAAAUGCAGGGGCAUGGUUUGGGAAAAUUAAAAAACUGCUUGGCAGUGUGUCAUAUCAAAGAUUUCGUGGGCAUACGCCCUAGAGAAUUGGUGGUGAGUUUGGGACUUAUGGUGUCUGAAUUGAGUGAAGAGACGGCAUGGAAAGGAAAGUUGAUCAGUUCCAGUCAUUUGCCGAAUCAGCUGCUGCUGUAUUCGAUAGAAGGGGAUGAUCUCAAGUCCAAGUGCGAGUUUAUGAUGAGGACAUGUAAUAGUGAGUUGGGAUCGUAUGUUCAUAGUCGGAAGGUAUGGGACUUCAUUCUGGAAGUCGCUGUGAAAGAGAACUUGAAGGCAGAGCAGAUGGUUAAGAAGGUGUUUGUGUUCAUCGACUUCGGAGGAUAUGGUGAUGGUACAUUCUUGAAGACUCUAUAUGAGGCAAAACAGAGCGAGUUUAAGGAGCAAGGGUACGGGGAUAAUGCAGUGCCACACAUUUUGCUUUGGAAUAUGGGGGACUGGAACAAGCCUUGUAUAGAACAUCAUCCAGGGGUGACGCUGUUGAGGGGCUUCUUUGAAAACUUGCUCAAGUCUUUCUUGGACAAUGGUGGGGAAAUUGGCCGGCGCCAUCUCAUGGAAGCAGCCAUUGCUGACAAAGAGUUUCAAGUUCUCUCUGUGGUGGACUGA